AUGUUUCGCGUCCCCGAUUCUUCGUCGCCGCCCUCGACGCCCGGCCGCCAUGGCUAUAGUGUAAACGUACCGUCAACAACCCCCGCGGGGCCGCCGCCAGGUCGAUCAUUCAUCUCCUCUACCCCGGCCGAUCCACCUCCAGCGAAAGACCUCUUUGGCACGAGGCCAAAUUUCGUACCUGGUCGCUCCGAGUCCGGGCAGUCGCUGUUCGGAAGCUCUCCGCCCAAGCAUGCCGUCCUCGAGGGCCUUGGAUCAGGCCGCUUCAAGACAUCGGCUGAAGGAAGGCCAGCAUCGCAGCGUGGGCGCGCAGCGAGCUCUGGCUUCGGCCUCUUUCCGAACAGCCAGCAGCCGGACCAAGAUGCAAUGGACGAUGACGACGCAGAAGGCGAAGAGGACGAAGACAUGGAUGGUGCAAACGAGCAUCGCAUGUUAAUGAGGAAUAGCUUCUCUCAGUCAUUUGCAUCACAGUCCAGCAUGGACGAGUACAACGAUGGCCAACGACUUGUCCAGAGCGGCGCGAAGCAACAAAUGUACGACCUGACUAGCCUUGCUAAAGGUCUCACAUCCAAGGCCGAUGCCGGAACCUUGACCGAGUCAGAUGAUAUCGUAUUAGAGACGGAGCGGCUGUUGGCGCGAUUACAAGAUCAUGCAUCGGAAGACCAUGGGUCCAAGAGUGAUAUACUAGAAGAUACUGCACAAAAGUUGCUGGCGCUGUGGCAAACCUCAUCGGCGAAGAAGCUGUCCCAAGCAGCAACAUUGGCAAAACUACUUUUCGCCAUACACCAUCCACCUCAUCUCAUUGAAGAGACGCGCACAUCUUCAGCGCUCCGAGCGCUCACCCAGCAUGGUUCGGGAGUCUCUAUACCCAUACCCAAAUUGCUCCUUGACUGGCUCAAUACUGAACGGCCCGUCGAUGACGACACCGAGAUCAACGAGGUUUUGGCCCAAUCAGGCGGAUACUCCGGGCACGUAUACUUCUGGGACAUGGUGCUGGUCACAGCUCUGCGCGGUCAAUUUACAACUACUCUGGAACUGCUUAAUGGAGCCAAUUUUGCGGUCGCACAUACGUCACAAGAAGACGAAGGUACAUCUGGGUACAAAGGCUCCAAACUGGAUUAUGCUACGCAUGCUACACAAGAAGCUGUCAAUCUAGUUCGCCGAUGUCCAGCGUUGAACAAUGACUGGAACGUGAAGGGCCACGACUGGAACAUCUUCAGGCAGCUGGCACGUCAGGCAAAACGCAACCUCGAGGAUCUUGCCGAAGGGGAAAGCCAGAACCGAUUUUCAUUGUCGCAAUCCUUUGGAGGCUCCCACUUUGGCCUCUCUCAGUCCCGCGCAAACUUUAGCCUUAGUACCCAUGGUCGAAAGGUGGAGUGCAAAGUGCCCUGGUCGGUAUACGACCGACUCCUCAAAUUCUACAACGUCUUGAUCGGAGAUGAGGAGUCAAUCCUGCUUUGGUCGCAAACAUGGAUUGAGGCGGCGUUCUUACUUACGGUCUGGUGGAACGGCGAGGAGGACGAACUUGCCCAAGGACGCCUUGCGGCUAGCCGUCGUUCUCUUGGCCCAACACUUCGCUCGCAGACUACGGAUGCUAGAGCAUACUCAGGACGUCUCGCAUCUGCCCUGCAGGCCGUCUUCGAUGGCGGUGACGAUGCGUUUACGCUCGCGACUAACAAUCCGUUCGAGGUUGGUAUUGCAAGCAUAGUCGAUGACAAUGUUGAUGCAGCGUUGCAUAUACUGCGCAGCCUCUCACUCGUAGCUGCGUCCGCGGUUGCCGAAGUAGCUAGUGCGGGUGGGUGGUUGAAGCGCUCAGACGGUAUCUUUGAUCACUUAGAUCAGAGUGAUUUGAUGAUCCUGAGCUACAACCAACCGAUUCAGACUGGCUUAUCGAAGGAUAACCUGCUGGUCACAUAUGUCAACCAACUUUCACCCAAAGCCCAGCUGAAGAGUCACGAUGGAAGUACAUCGCGACCUGGAUGGGAAGUGGGGAUUGAAAUCCUAGGCAGGCUGGAUGACACAUUGCUGGGAAACCAACAAAUACAGAAAAUCCUCGAUGAGCUUCCUCUCACUUCGGUGGAGCAGGUUGACAAGGUCACUCAACUCUGCCACAGCAUGGGCUUGUCUGACCAGGCACUUGGUAUCGCUCGGAAAUUCGCCGAAUACCUACAAGCCAAUACCAAGAAUUACGGUGAUGCAAUCUUAUACUACGCCCGUGCACAUGCAGGAUCCAAGAUUCAAGAAGUACUGCGAGCGCUUGUCGCGCAUUGCCUAGUCAAAUCUAUCGCCUACCCACCUUUAGUCGAGCUGGACAACUCCCUCAAGAAGCUUAUCACGUCACCGAAAAAAAGCCUCACCGAACUUGCUAGCCUAGAUUCUGAAGCUGCUGAGCUCCUGUCGAACUACCUGAGUGGCUAUGCCACCAUACGCAAGUUCUACGACCUACGAGACGAGGAAGUGCUGCUCAAGGAGGGUGAGAAACCAACUCAUCGGCCUAUGGCGCGAAAGCGGACAGCAGCCAAUGCACUUGCUGUUAUAAUUUCGAGCGCAGCGUCAAGUAUCCGAGGAGGGCUCUAUGACCAGGAAGUCGAGACUGUGGUACAAGUUGAUGUGCUACUACCUCUACUCGGGGAGGCUCUUGUCUUCGUCAACCAGCCGAGACGCACGCUCACGCUCCGCCACCUAUACGAACUCCUCGCCGCCGUUGAAGACUUCUCAACCGCUCCUAGCAUGAUUCGCGCACAAUGCGAAGAAGCACUCUCUACUACGCUCCUUGCUGCCCAUGAACACAAUUCCCGCUCUUCAUUGCAAAAAUCAACAUCCAACCUGACGACGGCCUCUUCACAGUACUCCUUAAUUGGUAGUAUGGAUCUUGGAUCAGUGGAAGGCGUGAGCACCGAGAGCUCGACUGUGCUGGUUCAAGGUGGAGGUGUCGAUGAUGUAAAGAGGGGAUGGGAUUGGCGAAAAGGCUUCCCUCGGGGAGCGAAGGGCGAGGAUGUGAUCAGGGUACUGCGGCUAGGCAUCGCGAAGGAGCUGGGUCGGGCUUUUGCUGAGGGCGAACUGCAGCCAUGACCGAUACGCCAAGCAGAGUAAGGGAAACAGAACCGGCAUUGUAAUGAUACCAUUGUAGCGAACCACGGACAUGUGUUUGGUCAGGAAAUGCAGCUUUGGCGAAUUGACUUAGCUUGGAUUGACUUUACUUGCAAUGAGGAGUCUCUUGCUGGACUCGUCGUUGGAGUCAAAACGUGAAUCAUUAUUUACCACCUUGCACAACAGAAAAUUUACAACAGGCUCAAUGGGC